CUUGCCCACUUAUAGAGCAUCCUCUUAAGUCAGUCAUUGCUGUGAGUUGAACCUGAGGACCAUUCCUAUGGUGGCCAGCCAAUGCCUGGCCAUGGGCAAUGGUUCAAUAAAAGCCCCUCGAGCUGAGGAGAACAGCUGCCCGGCCUCCAUCCACACAGAUCCACCCUGCCUGAACACAGACAUCCUGAGGUUGCGGAUCACCCACCUAGAGACAGAGCUGGCGCGCCGGGACCAACAGUUUAAAGCCCAGGAGCUUCAGUUGCAGCAUCUCCAAAGGGAACUGGAGGCCAAGAUCUCCCAGAUUGACAAGCUCCAGGAUGCUAUCGGCUACAACAAGAGUUUGGGCCCAUCGCCAAAGAGCCUUUGCCAUCACAGCCACCGCCGCUUCAGCGUUAUUAACCAGUGUCCCAGCCGCUUCCACAGGGUCGCUGUAGAGGUCCACCGUAGACUCAAAGCCAAAGAGGGUGUCUCUGCUGAACCCACCUCAGACAACUUCUGCGGGGGGUUCAGAGCUACACACAUCUCCAUCGCAAAACCUAUCCGCAAAGACUCACAAACCAAAAGGCUCAUCAAUGAUGCCAUCAUGAACAAUGACUUUCUGAAGAGACUGGAGCCACAACACAUGAGGGAGAUGGUAGACUGUAUGUAUGAGAAGGUUUACACCAAGGGACAGCUCGUCAUACAGGAAGGGGAACCUGGAAACUACCUCUAUGUACUGGCAGAGGGCUUGCUAGAGGUAAUCCAGAAUGGGAAGCUGCUGGGGGACAUGCGUCCUGGUACAGCAUUUGGAGAACUGGCCAUACUGUACAACUGUAAGAGAACAGCCACUGUGAAAGCUGUGUCCCAGUCUCACAUCUGGGCCCUGGACCGCCAGACCUUCCAGACUAUCAUGAUGCAAACCGCACAGGCCAGACAUGAGGAGUACUUCAGCUUCCUGCGCAGUGUGUCUCUAUUGCGAGAACUACCCGAAGAGAAACUAGCCAAGAUAGUUGACUGUCUUGAAGUUGACUAUUUUGAAAAAGGGGAGUAUAUUAUCCGAGAAGGUGAAGAGGGGAACACUUUCUUUAUCAUCGCAAAAGGAGAGGUGAUAGUCACUCAGAGCACAGAGGGCUGUGCUGAGCCACAGGAAAUCAAGACCCUGGGAGUUGGAGACUACUUUGGAGAGAAAGCUCUGAUCAGUGAGGAUGUUCGCUCAGCCAACAUCAUCUGCAAUGAGAACGACACACACUGCCUGGUGGUGGACAGAGACAACUUCAACCAGAUGGUGGGAACUUAUGAGGAGCUCCAGGCUUACCUGAAGGAAUACGUGGAGGAGCUCUCCAGGAGUGAUGAGAGGAGGAAUGCCCUGCCUCAUUCACCUCAGAUUGACUCAGUGGAGGCCCAGGAGCUGAGGAGGAUGAAGGAGAGGAUUGCUCUCUUGCCCUCUCACCAACCUUUCCAGGAGCUGGAGGUCAUAGCCACGCUGGGGAUGGGAGGAUUUGGACGAGUGGAGCUGGUGAAGCUGAAGGAUGAAGCUGUUACAUUCGCUCUCAAGUGUAUUAAGAAGAAACACAUUGUGGACACCAGACAGCAGGAGCACAUCUACUCUGAGAAGAACAUCCUUCAGCAAAUCAACUCAGCAUUUAUCAUCAGAUUGUUUCGAACAUUUCGGGAUGACAAGUGUGUGUACAUGCUGCUGGAGGUGUGUCUUGGAGGAGAGCUGUGGACUGUGCUUCGGGACAUGAGUUAUUUUGAUGAACCUACAGCCAGAUUCUGUACUGGUUGUGUCCUAGAGGCCUUUGAUUACCUCCACACCAUGGGCAUCGUCUACAGAGACCUGAAACCUGAAAACCUUCUCCUGGACUCUGAAGGUUAUGUCAAAAUGGCAGACUUUGGCUUUGCUAAAAAGAUUGGCCGUGGAAAGAAGACUUGGACAUUCUGUGGGACUCCAGAGUACGUAGCUCCAGAAGUCAUCAUGAACAAAGGCCAUGACUUUGGAGCUGAUUGCUGGUCUUUGGGAAUCCUCAUAUUUGAACUUCUCACCGGCAACCCCCCUUUUGCUGGCUCUGACCCCAUAAAGAUCUACACCAUGGUCCUCCACGGCAUUGAGAAAGUGGACUUCCCUAAGAGAAUAGGCAAGCGUCCAGACGACCUCAUCAGGAGACUUUGCAAACUGAACCCAGUGGAGCGGCUGGGAAACAAAAAGAAUGGCAUCAUCGACAUCAAGAAACACAAGUGGUUCCAGGGCUUUAACUGGGAGGGUUUGAGGCGUCACAAGCUCUCAUCUCCACUGAAGAGAGAGCUGAUGGGGCCGAUGGAUCACAGUCACUUUGACAUGUUUCCUCCGGACACAGAGGAGCCUCCUGAUGAGCUGUCUGGCUGGGAUAAAGACUUCUGA